CUGUCCCUGAGACCUAGUGCUGAAGUAGGAGCGGACGUGCCUGGGUGCCCGCCGCGCGGUAACCGGCGCCCGGCGCCCAGGUCAGCGACGACCAUGGCGUUCAUGGUGAAGACCAUGGUGGGCGGCCAGCUGAAGAACCUCACUGGGAGCCUGGGGGGCUGCGAGGACAAGGGGGACGGGGACAAGUCGGCCGCCGAAGCGCAGGGCAUGAGCCGAGAGGAGUAUGAGGAGUAUCAGAAGCAACUGGUGGAAGAGAAGAUGGAGCGGGACGCGCAGUUCACGCAGAGGAAGGCAGAGCGGGCCACGCUGCGGAGCCACUUCCGAGACAAAUACCGGCUGCCCAAGAACGAGACAGACGAGAGCCAAAUCCAGAUGGCAGGUGGAGAUGUGGAGCUGCCCCGGGAGCUGGCCAAGAUGAUUGAGGAGGACACAGAGGAGGAGGAAGAGAGGGCCUCGGUCCUUGGGCAGCUGGCCAGCCUCCCUGGCUUGGACCUCGGCUCACUCAAGGACAAGGCCCAGAGCACACUGGGGGACCUCAAGCAAUCAGCUGAGAGGUGCCACAUCAUGUGACUACUUCCCCUGGGGUGACCAGACAGCUGGGCCCACACAAGUGCUGAGAACAUGUCUCAGCUUCCAGGGACCCAUAUCCCAUCUUGGCUUUGUCUCCCUGCCCCAGGCCAGCCCCAGGACCCUUCUCAUCCAGGGCUCCAGUCUGCCUUCUGCUCUCACCCUCUCCACUGGGAGCAAAGUUCCCAUUCCUCACCCUACCCCUCAGGACCCAAUAUCCCUACUCAGCCUGGGAAGGCCUCCCAGGAUUGUAGGAAUAGAUCUGACCCUCUCUGACCAUGCCCCCAAGUUCCUGCACAUAGGAGAACCCAUAGAGGGACAUACAGAGGGACACAGAGAUCCUGGUGUGAGCAGAGGGGUAUGUCACAGAUGCAUCCUGGCACACAGACACAAACACGGGCCAGCUCCCCAGGUGCCUAGCUCCUCUAGACACCAACACUCAGAUAUGCUCAGGGGAGCUUUAGGCAGACACUCACAAUAGACAGGAGGCCUGAGUUCAAGUCUCCACAUUUAUUCUCCUUAAAACCCACCCUUUCUGGGCCUCAAUUCAUCAUCUGUAAAAUUGGAAUGGACUGGGUGAUUUCUAAGACUUCCUAGCUUGGCCUUCCUGACCCUUGAGAGUCAGCCCCACACCCCUCCUUGGGUAGAGCAGCAGCUGCAGCCAUAGUCUCAAGCGGCUGCCACUGUGGGCUCUGGCUCUUGGAAGCUGAGUGAUGCUAUGUGAGGGGCUUAGUGCCAAGGAUGAAGCUGGCAAUGAACAGUAGCCCAGGAGGCUCCAGGCCUUCUCUGGGCCCAGGGCCCAGACAAUUUCUGUUCUGUUCCUGUAGAACUCUCUCUGGAUUCCAUAGCUGGAUUUCCUCUCUCAGUUCAGUGAAAAAUAAAAAUUCCAAAUGACUUGCCUAUUUUACUUCUUACUGACCUCCAGGAGUCUCGGGUUUCACAGGCCCCUAACCUUGCCCUUGGAGGGGUAUUCUCUACCUCCUCAUCCACAGCUUCAUAGGAGUGCCAACUCCUAUAAGAUACUCAAGCAGUCAUCCAGAUGGGCUGCACCAGGGAAGGCAGGAGGGGCUAAGACUCAAUCACAGCUGUCUCUGGCACCUGUGCCUAUCCCCCCACAUCUUGGCCAUCAAAGGUGUAACAAAACAAAGGCAGGGCAACUGCCUUCCAGCCCA